CAUGCCAAGACUUUUAUUUCAGUAGCUUGUGGAAAUAAAUCCUAUGGCCUAUCAUUUUCAAAGCAACAUUCACAGCAGUUAGAGCUCAGUUAGAAUUGAAAAUUAAAAAAAAAAAGCAAACUAAAUAUUUGUAUAUUUUCUAAAUAAACGCCCAACAAUGCCAGUCUCCCCGGGAGAGGCGGAAUUCAAUGGCGGCGGAGAUGUGGCCAAGAACGACUCCAACUCGCAGCAAUCGAUGGAGGGAACCAAUGCAUUCGCCGCCUGCCAGAAGCCGCGUCCGGAUGUCAGUUCCAUGCCGGUGCGCCAGUAUCUCGACCAGACAGUGGCCCCCAUUUUGCUGCACGGACUGCAGGCUUUGGCCCGGGAUCGACCCAGUGAUCCGAUCAGCUUCCUGGCUACCUAUCUCUUGAAGAACAAGAACCGCUGUGACGAGAUCAAGAUGGAUGAAACCUAGUUACCCUUGUCUUGUUCCCUUACUGUUUGACUCCUUAUGACGCACUGUAUGCCGAUUUUUAGUUUCGCACACCAAAAAUUACGCUUGUACACAACUUAUCGCUGAUUAAAACUGAUUAAAGCUGAAGGCCACUUACCAGCCA